AUUUCGAAAACUGUACCGGAAACUUCGUUGGACUCGGGUUAACUUGGCAGUAUUUUGUGUCGUGCCUGAAAGGACUGUUAAGUCUUGCAGCGGUUCAGACUUGAGGAGUGACAACUUAACGAUGGUGAGUGCACUUCAUCGGUUUGCUCUUCGCUCUUCCCGGUUCUCUGGACGGAGGCGGCAGCUGCUGGGCUGAGCUCACAGCCGUUUCAUUUUCCUCGGCAGGACGAGCCCGACUGCCAACUCCUGCGAGGGUAGCUUGGAUAUUCAAGGACAUUUUAACGUUACCAUAGCUACUUUGGCCUUUUCUGUCGAUUGAGGAAAUCCAACGUGUGCUUCUACGGCGCAAUGAUGUGGACAAACUCUGUAAACAUGGGCAAAAACGGCGGCUGAUAUCAUGUAACACACUCCCGAGUUGAUGAUGUUUCUCUACGCGUCAUCUUUACAUGUUGUACCCGCACCCCUUCCUCUGCUGAAGGGCUGACCACACGGCGACGUUAAGGAAAUCAGUUGCUGACUUUCAAUGCGUUCAUCUCAAUUAUGGCAUCGCUUCCAGACCUCAUCAAGUCGGCGGCUGCUUCGUGCUGAAAGAAAGCCGCGUUUCUGGUGAAAGUAGUGACCCUAAAAGGCGGAGAAAGGCCGAUGAACUUUGAAAUUUGCUGAGUGCUGGAGUGUGGUGAAGCCAGAGGUGCAUCACUGGUGUGCAUCAGGUCCAGGAACCAUCAAUGUGGACUUCAGCUGGUGAUUUGACAAGUCACAUAUAGGAGCCCCCCGAGUCUCUCCUGUCCCCUCUCCCCCUCCUUUCCCUCUGUCCCUGUCUCCUCCCUUCCCUUGUCAAUCUGAUCCCCCUUUCCUCCUCCAAGAUUCACCAUGCUUAUCAAGGAGUACCGCAUCCCCAUGCCCAUGAGUGUGGAGGAGUACCGCAUCGCCCAGCUCUAUAUGAUCCAGAAAAAGAGCAGAGAAGAGAGCUGUGGUGAAGGUAGCGGAGUGGAGAUCCUAGAGAAUAAGCCCUACACAGAUGGACCGGGUGGGGCGGGCCAGUACACCCACAAGGUCUACCACAUUGGCAUGCACAUUCCCAGCUGGUUCCGCUCCAUUUUGCCCAAAGCAGCACUGAGAGUUGAAGAGGAGUCCUGGAACGCCUACCCUUACACCCGCACCAGAUACACCUGUCCCUUUGUUGAGAAGUUCUCCAUUGACAUUGAGACCUACUACCAACCCGACACAGGCAACCAAGCAGAUGUCUUCAACAUGUCGGCAGCAGAGAAGAGGCAAAGGACUAUUGACCCAAUCGACAUUGUGACGGAGCCCAUUCUCCCUCAUGAGUACAAAGCAGAGGAGGACACACGGCUCUACAAGUCAGUCAAGACCCAGAGGGGUCCUCUGAGGGACGACUGGAUAGAAGAGUACAACAAUAACCCAGGGAAGACCCCCAUCAUGUGCGCCUACAAACUCUGCAAGGUGGAGUUCCGCUACUGGGGCAUGCAGUCUAAGAUUGAACGCUUCAUCCAUGAUGUUGGACUGAGAAAGGUGAUGGUGCGUGCCCACCGGCAGGCCUGGUGCUGGCAGGAUGAGUGGUAUGGUCUGACCAUGGAGGACAUCCGGCAGCUGGAACUGGAAACCCAGCUGGCCCUGGCCACAAAGAUGGCCCAGUUCAGUCAGGCAGAUGAGACCACAGACGGAGGUGCUCCGUCUCCGGACAAAGACCAGGAGGUUAAAGAGGCGAUCAACUCUAUUGAAGCUGAGGAGGUGGUUGUCAGCUCAGGAGGAGAGACUCUCCAGCCACGAGGUGUACUCACCAAGCAGUGGUCCACUUCAUCCCGAUCCUCCCGCUCAUCCAAGAGAGGAGUGAGCCCAUCACGUCACAGCAUCUCAGAGUGGAGGAUGCAGAGCAUAGCGCGAGACUCAGAUGACAGCUCGGAUGAGGAGUUCUUUGACGCUCAUGAGGAUCUCUCAGACGGCGAGGAGGCCCUCCCAAAGGAAAUGACCAAGUGGAACUCCAACGACCUCAUGGACAAGACUGAUGCUGCAGACACAGAGGAAACGCCUGGUGAGCUGUUCAAGGAAAUGACCAUGGAUUAUGAAAGAGCAACCAGUGAGGAAAGACUAGACGAGAUGCGUGGCUCUGUUAGCAGCCAAGCCGAUAACUCUCCCAUUCCCACCAUCACGGUAACAAGGCACCAGUCAGAGAACUUGUCCCAGCAGUGUCUGCAGCCUUCCAAGAUCCAUGUGCUGAUCUUGGUUCUGCACGGAGGGAACAUCCUGGAUACAGGCGGAGGGGACCAGAACAGCAAGCAGGCCGACGUCAACACAAUUAGUACGGCUUUUGAAACAGUCAUGCGUGUUCACUACCCCGCUGCGCUUGGACGCAUCGCCAUCCGCUUGGUACCCUGCCCUGCCAUCUGUGCCGAGGCCUUCUCCCUGGUGUCCAACCUUAGCCCAUACAGCUACGAUGAGGGUUGUCUGUCCAGCAGCCAGGACCACAUCCCCCUGGCAGCUCUCCCCCUCCUGGCCACCUCUGCUCCACAGUACCAGGAGGCCAUGGCCACUGUCAUCGUCAGAGCCAACCAGGUGUAUGCAGACUUCAUAAAGUCUCUGGACGGGGCAGCCUUCUCCGGCCAGGUAUGCCUCAUUGGGGACUGUGUGGGAGGAAUCUUGGGAUUUGAUGCACUGUGCAGUAGCAAUCAGACAAUUAAUGAAAGCCAGAACAGCAGUCGCAGAGACAGUGUCGUCAGUGUACAGGACCAGGACCUCCUUGCUCCUGGCAUCAUUGUCAACAGCGGGCACGGGUCAGCCUCUCCGACCCUGGAGGGCAGCCGUCACCUUAGUCGCAGUAACAUCGACAUCCCUCGUGCUGGCACAGGUGACGACACCAAGAGACAACUGCCGCGCAAGAGAAGUGACUCCUCCACCUACGAACUGGACACAAUAAAACAACACCAGGCCUUCCUGUCCAGGUGUGUUGACAAAAAUCCUUACCUGGGUGAUAAAAAAAAAAAAGAACUCAGUCCUUGUUUUUUUGUACUGUCAGAGUGUGAUUUAUUUUUAGUUCCACAUGAGGAAAUGACUUUGUGCUGUCCUUCCAGCUUACACUCCAGUGUCUUGCGGAACGACACAGUCUCACGCAGGUCGAGCAGCAGCACUAUGCUGGAUGGAGGCUCCCUGGGGAAAUUUGACUUUGAGGUGUCUGACUUUUUCUUGUUUGGCUCUCCACUUGGCUUGGUACUCGCCCUGAGAAAGACUGUUAUUCCUAUGCUGGAUGUGGCCCAGCUGCGGCCUGCCUGUCAACAGGUCUAUAACCUGUUCCACCCAGCCGAUCCCUCAGCCUCCCGCCUGGAGCCUCUACUGGAGAGGAAAUUUCACCUUCUACCUCCCUUCAAUGUGCCCCGUUACCAACGCUUUCCCCUGGGAGAUGGAAACUCUGCCCUACUGGUGGAGACAGUCCAGAGCAACUCUCAGCUGCUACUUGACAGUGGGCCUCCCCUGUCCUUUCGCUGUCAGGAGACCAUCAGUGAGACCUGCAUCCCUGUGCCUGUGCUAAACUGGCAGGAGGGCUCCCUCAAAGCCACACCCGCCACUAUGGAGUCGGAUGUUGUUCAGUCUCAUGGUGGUGUCUUCAUGGACAGUUCGUACCCCUCAUCCCCCGUUACGGGCCCCCUCUCCCGGGGCCAGCGGAGGGCCAGUGAGGUCAGCAUUGCCAGCCAGGUCUCAGGAAUGGCAGACAGUUACACUGCCACCAACAUAGCCAACACCAAAUCAUGCCAAAUUAACCAGUCCAAAAAGUUUGGCCUUUUGUCCCAACUCGCCCUAUCAUCACAAAACAAAUUCUUCCUGAAAAGUCCCCCUAAGUUCCGUAAGAAAGCAGCGGCUGCCCAGUCCGCAGGAUCUCCUGAUGCAGGUCUAGUGGCAGAGCUGGAUGGUGAGGCAGAGACUAGUGAAGGGCUAAGUCCCAUUGGUCAGUACGAGAACUGCCUGUCAGCCGGGCUGGACUGUGCUAUAUCUGAUCUGGUCUCACUGGACUCCCAGGCUGAAGUGGAGCAAGUUGCAGCACGUUGGUGGGGCACAAAGCGGCUGGACUUUGCCCUGUACUGUCCCGAUGCUCUGACCGCUUUCCCCACAGUGGCUUUACCGCACCUCUUCCACGCAUCAUACUGGGAGUCCACUGAUGUUGUGUCAUUUCUCCUGAGACAGGUCAUGAGGCAUGAAAACUCUAGCAUCCUGGAGCUCGAUGGGAAAGAAGUGUCUGAAUUCACCCCCUCCAAACCUCGAGAGAAGUGGCUCCGCAAGAGGACUCAUGUGAAGAUCAGGAACGUGACUGCCAACCACCGUGUAAAUGACGCAGUGUUCACAGAAGACUCCCAGCAGGUCGUGACAGGUCGCUUCAUGUACGGCCCUCUGGACAUGGUCACUUUGGCCGGGGAGAAGGUUGACCUCCACAUCAUGACCCAGCCUCCAUCAGGAGAAUGGGUGUACUUCAACACAGAAGUGACCAACAGUAGUGGCCGUGUGUCUUUUGUCGUCCCAGAGGACAAACGUCUGGGUAUCGGAGUCUACCCAGUCAAAAUGGUUGUGAGGGGCGACCACACAUUUGCAGACAGCUACCUGACAGUUGUCCCACGUGGCACAGAAUUUGUGGUAUUCAGCAUUGACGGGUCAUUCGCUGCCAGUGUGUCAAUUAUGGGCAGUGAUCCCAAAGUGCGGGCAGGAGCCGUGGAUGUUGUCAGGCACUGGCAGGAUUUAGGCUAUUUGAUCAUCUAUGUGACAGGACGACCAGACAUGCAGAAGCAGCGGGUAGUUGCUUGGUUGUCCCAGCACAACUUCCCUCAUGGCAUUGUCUGCUUCUGUGACGGCCUGGUCCACGACCCGCUCAGACACAAGGCCAACUUCCUCAAGACCCUGACAGAGGCUCACAUGAAGAUUUUUGCUGGCUAUGGAUCAACCAAAGACAUCUCAGUCUACACCUCCAUUGGCCUUUCUUCCUCCCAAAUAUUCAUCGUUGGUAGACCCUCCAAGAAAAUGCAGCACCAGUGCCAGUUCAUCACAGAGGGAUAUGCAGCUCAUUUGUCCCAGCUGGAGUACAACCACCGUUCUCGGCCAGCCAAGUCUAGCAGUGCACGAAUGGUGCUGCGUAAAGGCAGCUUCGGCUUGGGUGCAAACAGCGAAUUCCUGAGGAAGAGGAACCACCUGCUGCGCACCAUCUCCUCACAACCGGCCCCCAGCUCCCCAACAGGAAGCAUCCACAACAGGCCAGAACGCACGCAGAGCCAAUCAGACGGCGAGCGGCUGGAUUACACUCACAGCCACAGCCAGGGAGCAGCACAGCGCAGCAUGAGCAUCACAGCCAGCUGCUGGGGCCGCAGCAGCAGCACCAAGCUGGAACCAGGCAUUCUCAGCCCCAAAUGAGAUUAGGGAGACGAUGUGAGAGUACCUUUUGGGAAAGUGACUUAAAUAUACAGCUGCUGAGGAAGAGACUCGUGACAAUGAUAAAUGCAAAGAGUGAAAAACAGUUGGCUUGCACCAGAUGGGUAAAUGCCACAAUAAAAACAAUAGGUGCUACAAACCACUCUUUAUAAAAGUAAUGCCAGUCACACUCAACACAUAUAUUUAUGGACAGAGGAUAUGGCUAUAUUUAUAAUAAAACACACACAACUCAACAGGCAUUUCAAGAAGCAUCUUCCUGAAACAGGAACAUGCACACAAAUAGACAUAGCUUAUAUUGUAGGAAUCCAGACUGUUUCUUCUGUUUAGUGAAUAUUAUCAGUCUUGAAUACAAGGCCAGUUUUCCUCCAACAACAGGCUUUUAGAUUGGAGAUGGUUACACAUACGAGCACCCCCAUGCUGUAUACUUAAGCAAACAACACAAGUGGUUACAGACAGCUUGUAUCAGGUCCAAGUGCUGAUACUGCACUGUAACUGACUACUGUGGCCACUGCAAGCACAACAAUUACUAUAGAGAGCAACUUUGUGCAUAAGAGUUUUAAAGUUAUGUCCUUUUUUAUGUGAUAAAUUCAGAUACUUUCACGUCUGGGAGCGGAGCUGAGAACCAGGUAAAACUGGAUUGAAUGUGUUUCUUUUCUCUCUGCAAACAAAAUAAUUUAGCCAAAAUGCAUCUUUGUUAGAAUUUUUUAGGAAAAGCAUCAUCAUUUAUCAACAUUAAACAAAUGGUGGUGUUCUCUAAGCCAACUUGAAAUUAUUUGAUCAAGAGCUACUACUUGUUGCAUAUACUUCUAGCGUGUACAAACAACAAUGACUAAAUAAUGUUUCACCAAACCAUACAGUCCAGUUUUGCUUGUUUUCUAGUCGUCCCUCAGACCAAAGAAUCAUCCAAAUAUCACAUGAAGCAAACUGCGAAAUUACCCUUUAACUAUGGUUGCAGCUGAAACUGUUCCUGGGUUUUUAUAGCAUUUCACCACAUCUCACCAUACUGUGCUGCUGUACCUUCCUGAAUCAGUAAUGUAUGACCCACCUAAGGGAAAACUCCUACUACUGUACGGUUAAUGUGCCAAAGUAAACAGUAUAGAAUGAUAUGCUGUACAUGAACAGAGAGGAAAUGAUUAGGGUCUCUUGUGUAAAAAUGGAAUAGAUAGUGUAAGUAUAUAGUUGAAUGCCUUAAAAAGGCUUGUACAUAAUUGUUAUAUUACAGUGCAGAUCUGGUAUCUGGUCCACUGAAGACCAGUUUCAAGUGUCUUCUUUACUCUGGGGGUAAACACCACCUCAUUCAGGAUACACUUUAUUGAUUGAUGAUAAUAAUUAUUGUUAUUUAAAAUUAUAGAUAUUUUAAAAUGUAUUGAUUUUGUGAACAAAAUGUGUUUUAAGAUUACUUUAGCUAUAUUUUUUUCCCCUUCAAACUUAAGUUGCAGCAGCCAAAUCUCAAAGCAGCCUAGCACAGUAUUGUAUUUUUUUAUUAUUUUAUCUUGCAGAUCAUCAGAAUUGUAUCAACAGAACUACUAUCUGUCAUAUAUUGUGUUUGUUAUUAUCUAUUUUGGAAAUUUUGGAUAUAGCUUCUCUCUGGUUAUAUCUAAGCUGUAAAUGAGGCAUUGAAUGUGCUCAUAGAUAGUCCUCCUUAGGUUAAGUUCUCUUUUCUCUGUUCUGCUGCACCUUUUAGAGGAAGAAAAAUCUGCAAAUUGUAAAUUCUGUACAUUAUGCUGUCAGAAGUAGGAACACAGAGCUAAGACUUACUUUAUGCUGUUCACCAUUUAUUUCUGAAAUGGGUAAAAAUGUGUGUUUUCUUCAUUCAAAGGAUGUUUAUUUGUCCCUCUAAUAGGCAUGUACAGUACAGAGCUGACUGCAAUGGACCAACAUGGACUCAAAUGUAAGGGGAAGUGUGCAAUAUUACUCAACCACACAACAAGAUUGAACAGACUGUUGAGGGAAUGUCACGGUGCAUUGACAAUCAGUUCAACAGGAACAUAUUCUACAGACAUCACAUUGCAGAGGGAAUCUGAACACAUCUUAGCACUCAGCAAACACACACACGUGCAACAUUUGUACAGUCCAUUUUUAAAAAAGUUGAGAUUUCUCACAGGAAAGUGCCAUUGACCUGAUAAUGGUGUGAAAUAUUACAGUAGGUUUUCUCCUGUGGACAGACAUGCUCAGUCUUAACUUUGUUUUUGUCUGUGUUUCCAUUCCAACACAUGGAGGUCUAGAUGAAGUCACUUACAUUUAAAAGUGACCCCAAAAUCAAUACUGCCAGUUUAUUAGCUGGCUAUCUUAAAAAUACACAUCAUGAAGGUUACAAUGUUCACUUUUUGUUAUAACUGUUUUACAGAGGAUCAACUUGAUGGUCAUUUUGGAGGCUGUUUGUGGUGCUGUUGAAUUGUAUUGUGUUAUACUGAGAGGUGUUUCUAAAAUUGUGUCCACCCCUUUUAUAUCGAUAAGGGCAGACUUCAUUCUAGAUCACUGAGUUUACAUCCCAAUACAUAGGUACCUAUACUUUUCUUAAUCAGUACAGUUUCUCGUUUCCCUGGUGAAGAAAGAUGUAAAUACAUACUGUACUACUGUCCCUCUGCAUUUUGAACCAUUUCAGAGAUUCGGCCUGAAGCCAUAUAUACGACUCUCUCGAAAACACACAUUCAACUAAAGUUGGCAACUACUCAACCAUAUUCCUUUCCUCAGAGAUCUGAAUCACCUGGAUAUUGAAAUCCAGAGAAUGUAAAGACGAAGCGGUGCAGUUAUCUGUGAAGCUUGGAUACCUCUGGGUAGACAAUCGCUUCGAUUCUGCUACUGACACACACAUUACCAGAGGCCUUACCCUUUCUGCCUUACAUUGAGCAUUGUGUUGUGAGGCCUAGAAUGAACGCUGCUCAGUCCCGCAUUGACUUCAUGGAAAAGGAUAGACUGUUCAUGUAGACUUUACUUUGUGGAAAUGGGAAAAGGCCAUAUUUUCUUAAAAGGCUUUGGCUUGUUUUCACUUCAAAGGAAAUGUGCAAAGGAGAAAUCUAUUUGACAUAUUUCACCAACAAUAGGCAGUCCAUCACUGUCUCAAGCUCUGUUCCCUGGGUUAAUGCAAUGCCACAACUGUUACACAAACAGUUAGCAUUCAUAGACUGUAUAUAUACACAACAUACCAUGGUAAAUAUUUUCAUUGUACAGGGUGUGAAUCAUGUAGAUUUUGGAUAACUUCAUUUUAUCCAUUCCCUUGUGUUUUUAUGUACAGUGUAUAAAGAACAUAUAAAGAACAA